AGUGAAGCGAACUCGUGGUAGACACCCAAUCCAUGCCGAUCAGAGGGGGCGACGAUGGGCACACACGACAACAUCCCACUCCUCCUUGGCCUUCUACGAGACAUGACGCACAACAAAAGUCGCCCGGCAUUGAGAAAGGGGCAUGGCAUCUCUUCGGCCCAGGUUCCGUCCAACGUCCACACGCCCCCCGUCCGCGGCGAUCAUCAUGCAUGGAAGAGGGCCACCUGGAUGGCAUAUCCACAGGUCGCAGCCGGCUGGCGUGGGGAAUCCUCUGGCUGGGUCAGGCUUGCUUCAGUGCUCGACGUUGCUCAAUGUUUCCGCAUUCAGCAACGUCAGACUCUGCCCGUCGCGGAACGGAAAAUUCCAUCCCUCCCCAAGGGGGUCGCCACACCAAAAGAUGGAGGAGGGGGCUAAGACAUGAGACGGGGGCUGGCGUCUGUACCUACACAUUCUUUUGUCAUGGAUGGACUCGACUCUUCUGCAGGCUGCAGCUGCCGUUGUCGCUGCCGCUGCCGUGCGCUCGGCCUGGCUUCCCGCCUGCCGCUCGCACCACCGCGAUGAUCCCCCCCCGCGCACCCCAGCUGUCCAGCUUGCUGAUCCGUG